GGCCAAGAAAGAGAAGAGGAAGGCUAAGCAGCAGAAGAAAAUAGCUGCUCAAAAGGCUGCCAGAGGUGAAGAGAUACCGGAUGCAAUUGAUCUUCUGCCUCUUGUAUCAAACCAACAGAUUCCAAUAGUCCUACCGAGAGCUGAAGCUGCUGGGGGAGAUGCUCCUGCUGCUGAUGCUGCUCCUGCUGUGAGUGCCUAGGAAGCUCCUUACUCUGCUUCUGUCGGGGGGCUGCCCUCCCCCUUCAUCCAGUCUGAUGGAAUAAUUAAGAGGAGGCCUUCAUCACAUUUUUUCCCCAUUAACAUGAUUUUUUCCCUUUAACAAGAGUUUUUAUCAUUUUUCUCCUUGAUUUAUGAAAUUUCUUGUGCCAAGGACGAUAUUAUACAAAGUACUUAGUUAAAUGAAUUUAGAUCUGCGUUCAAUUAUCAACCUUGUAUGUCUUUUACGGACAAAAAGGUACUUUUCUAUAAACCUAGUUAUGUAAAUUAUCUAACCAUUGAAAACUGAGAUUUAUAAUGAAUUAACUUCUCGUGAAAAUAUCUUUGAUAUUUUUUUCUUUAGUCCUUUUCCUCCAUUCUAGCCCACCAAAUGUUUUGCUGAAAAUAUUUCCCGCCAAUGAAUGUUGUUGUUUUUUUUUCAGAAAAAAAUGCGAUAAAAGUUGAAAAACGGAGAAUUGUACACUGUAAACUACUGUGCUUACGGGGAAUGUUGCUGAAACAGGAUAAAUGUUUGAACUGGAAAGUGGAAUAGAAGAUGAAGAUGGAAUAGAACUUGUCACCUAUACAACUAACUAUGUGGAUCAUGAUCUUGACUCCUCAGUGACAACAACAGAAUUCCAUAACAAAGACUCAGUCGAAGUUUCUGGUGAGGACGUAAGUGAAUCUCUCGACCUGUGUCUCGCAGCAGAGGACGGAUACACAGAAGAUCGACUCAGUUUAGACUCAAAUACUGUCGCAGUCGAUUGGGACAGAGAAGGGGGAAAUAUUGUGGUUUUUGACAACAGUUCAAUGCAUCAGCAAGGAUACGCCAAAGGGUACACAAUGACCCUCAAUAACAAGUUGAAAAGUGUAUCCAGUUUUACCUCGUAUAUUGACCUCGAAGCCGAGGACCCUGCUCAGGAGGGCAUGGAUUUUAGUAAUGAGCUUCAUGAAGGAGAGUUAUUCAUUUCAAAGGCGGACAGAGUUUGCAGCUACAGUACUGUCUCAGGGUACAUUUUUUAAUAGGGGAGAAACUAUGGGGCCAUUUUUUAUA